CAAAAAGUAUGCUUGCCAGCCCUGGGCGCAAGGUACUUAUCCGCUAAUCCGAUCUGGUCACACUGCUGACAGUAGGCCGAGUACUUUCAGGCGAUUUGACGAUAAUUUAAACAAUAAUGUCGGCCCACAGCGGCGGAACGGAUUGGAAUUCUGUGGUAAAAGCUCUGCUACUCAACCGUACAGGAGCCUUAAACAAAAAUGAAGUAGUUAUUUUGCUAAAAGCAAUCACUCGAUGCGAACAUGAUUUUUUCGAAGAGGAAAGUAAUUUCACACAGUUUUACACGGCCUUUGCGGCCCUGGCGGCUGACAAACUUAUGCAAAUCAAGACGAUUUGCCAGACGCAGAUUUGUCAGCUGCACGAUGCUACAGCGGUGCUCAUCAAGUUCAUCAUCUACAGGCUGCCCAGGGUGUCCGUUUACGAGACCAAAUGGCUCCUGGGCGCCCUCAAAAUGCUUUGCGAGGGCCGGGAGAACGCUUCCUCCACGUCGGCGGCCUCCAUUUUCGACUACAAUGCAGUGGCCAAUGUCCUGAAGAGCUGCAAGCAUCCCGAGUCCACCAACAAAAGCAUUCUGCCCAGCAGCAGCUCAUCUGGCAGCGGUGCCAGCAACGACAAGGAGUCGCCCAAGUCGGAGAUUAAGCGAUCCCGGUCGGACCUCUCAUCGGUCAUAUUGCAGCAACUGAUAGCUCCUCUGGAGCCGGGCAAGAUGACGUGGGUUCCACUCAGCGAGGAGGUCACCGACUGCACUGACCAACUUCUUGCAGCCAAUGUGGAGUACUUCCAGGAGCAAAAUGGAGUUGAUACCCUGCUGGACGUGUGUGUUGGCCUGCCCAUACUGAAUCGCUACCGCUCCAAAUAUAUGGAGACCAUCAAUGGGGGCAAACCGUUGUAUUUGCCUCUAACCCAAGUGGAGGCUACCACCGUAAAAUCAAGCAUGAAUCACAUGCUCACUGAUCUCACCAUUUUGAGUCAGGCCCAUGCUUUGAUUGUGCUGCAGCCACUGACUCCCAGCCGGAUUGAACGGCUUUCGAUGUGUGGCAUUGCUGCGCUUUACAAUGCUGUGCUGACUUCAAUAGCCACCAGUGUGCUCGGAAUGAGCCAGGCCGGCAGCUCGCAGAAGCAGCAGACUGCGUCCACUAGUCAGGGCAGUGGCGGCGGAGGCUCAAAUGCUGGACAAACCAACAAGGACCACGACGACUUCGAGGAGCAAGCCUGCAGCAUAGUGAACAAAGCUCUAGAGAUCUACUCGUACAUUGGCGAUAUGUUCAAGGCUUCGGCCAGGAUUCAUGUGUACCAGAACCAUCUGUGCUAUGGCAGCUGGCUGCUGAUAAGCGGAAUUCAAGGAGCGAUGGGUGCCUCUGGAAGCGGUGGAACCAGCUCGGAGACUGCAUCCAAAUCGGCAACCAAAGCGGCCAAGACUGGCAGUGAGGCGGGUACCGCUCCCACCACACCCAUAGCCAGGGUCAACCUAUUCAAAGUCCAACAAGGAUUCGGUGAGCUUAAUGCAGCUAUUGCCAAUCACAGCAUCAAACUGCUCUCAGAGUUAAUUGAGGAUCUGAAGAUUGAGUCCGCCUGUGGACAGAGCCCCGAAACCGCCGAGCUGCCGGAGCCGGCGCAGUUCGACAUCUUGCAGAACUACAGUUCGCUGGAGAGGAUUGUGCGGGUGCUCAACACGGCCACGCUGCAUCAGCUAUUCACCUUUUUGGCCACGGUGGCUUAUCGGAAGGCCUGUACGUUGAGGCGAGCCUCGGCCAAGGAUCGCACGGAAUGUGAACCCAUUAGCUACUCAGAUUCUACUACCUACUUUAACGAUUCUCUCUCCUGCUCUGACAACUCGGAGGAGGAUGACAGUGAGAGUUACCUGGGGCAUUGGUUCAAGGAAACGCUUUCCCCAGAAACUCAUGACGACAAUGCCAAUACAUCCACGCAAGAGCGUGGUGAACAAAAGAGCGCCCUUGUUCCCAAGUUGGAUGAGCCACAUGAAUAUCUGGAUUUGGCGGCCGAUAUCUUCAGUUUCCUGGACCAAUUUCUGGCCAAUCGUCACGCAUACAUGCAGCGCUAUGUAAAGGCGGGAGUCAGUGAUCAGCAAAUGCUGUUAAUGGCCAACAUAAUCAAGGAUUUCGACCGAGAUGUCAUGCGAAAUGAAAGCGAGCAGGUGUCCGGAAACGCCCCAGCAGCUAAUGCAGGAGCAGGAUCCUCUGCAGGGGCUUCUACAAAGUGGCAAACCUCGAUGAUUCGUUUUUCGGGGGCUGCCGGACGCUAUAUCCACAAUUUAAUCUCCACUUCGCUGCUCUCGGAGCAAUUGCAGUCCAAUCUACUGCAGCACUUGUCCAUAUCGCCCUGGUCCACCGAUACCAACACCUGGCCCCUGCAGGUCUAUCCGAGUACCUUGUCCGUACUCGUGCAAAUCUUGUUGUUGAAGCCCACCCAAGAGAAGGAGGCAGCCUGUCUGUCCGUGUGGCAUCGCCUCAUCAACACUCUGGUUGAGGGAGUCUGCUCUUGGUCCGCUGCCAGUGAUUCCGACUACGAAGACCUCAACAUUGAGCAUGCCCAACUGCUGCUUUUCCUGUUCCACUCUCUCAAUCUGAUGCAAAAGAAGUCUAUCCUGCUUCUUACGGCCGGUGGAGUUAUCCGUUGUGCCGAAGUUUGUCGAGGAAUCAGCGGGGACCGACCCGUUAGGAACAGCCAAAUGAUGCUGCUGUCGCGCUUGCUUUUAUUCUUGGAGUAUCUUAUGAAGCACUUGUACAAUGCUCCCCCGGAAUUGCUGGACCAGGUACGCUGGAAUCUGUUCAGCGUGAGCAGCAUGCCGGAAACCCAGAAGAUCACGGAUCUGCUCAACAGCCGUACCAAACUGAACUCCUAUUGUCGACAGGACAUCGAGGAAAAGUUCCGCAAGUCGGCCGGCGAAUAUGGAUCUGCGAUUCGCCCAACUUUCUAUUCCCUGGUAAUGGGAGAUCCCGAGAAACCCUAUUGGGCACAAGAGUUCAAGUUGGAUGGCUUGGCCUGGAACUUUAUACUCUGCACGCCGGACAAGCUUAAGUAUCCGCUGCUGGUGGAUGCCCUCACUGACAUACUCGCUAUCGCCGACAUGUCCAUGUAUUCCAAGGACAAGGAGAAGGAAGCGAGCAUGCACAAUCUGUGUGCCAUGCAGUACUGCUUCAGCAUCGCCUGGAAGCUGGUCUUGGGUCUGCCUCCCUCAACCUCUCAUGUGGAAUCUCUAAAGGUCGAGCGGUCACCCAACCUGCACUGCCUGAUCUGGAGUAUUCGCUGUCCCCUGGCCAGUUCGCACUACCUAAUGGUUAACAGUCUGAUCAAACAGGGAAUGUAUACCCAGUACGCCGAGACACUGUGGAAUCAGGUCGGUGACAUAGCUGCCGAUAUGAAAUAUAGUCUCAAGCAAACCAUUCUUGGCGUGGAAGCGUUCAACAGUCAGAUGAAUGGCAAUGGAACUCCCCGACUCUCCGAUCUUAUUCUUUUUGACUCUUUGGUGGCCCACAUGCAGGCGGUGGCCUGGGCAAACAAGGAGGGAUACAAGUGGCCGCGCAAAGAAACCGAAGACUCUUCCAGCGAACAGUCCUUUUCAUCGGGUAAUUUACCUUCCCUGUCCAACGUGGCGAAACUGUACUCGUCGAACGAGUCAAUCGGAGACCUUAUAUCGUAUCCAGAAGAGGAGGAUAAGCUGCCCAGUGACCUGCAGAAACAUAACCAACUGGUCAACGAGCUGAUGCUAAAGCUAAUGAGUUCUUACCGCCUGCUCUCGGUAAUUGUGCGUGGCCAGAUGCUGAAGCAGUUGUCCAGCUCGACACCGGAGCAAGCACUGAAUUUGAUUGUGCCCAUUGUAAGCGAUAAGCCGGCAAUUAUGUUGGAACUACAUGCCGCAUUUCUGAAACUCCUGCCCAAUGAGGACAAACAACUGAUAGCAAACGAGUGGCCGAAAUGUCUGAUGGUCAAUGAUUCCGCCUUUGAUGGCAAACAGCAUCCAGUGGAGCCUUACACCUUGAAUGUGAUAGAUGCUCACAUUACGGAGUUGACCCGAGGAUCCAGUUACUCCACUCUGCACACAUUGAAGCACUGUUUGAAGUCGAUACUGCAUUUGUUCGAGCUUUUGCUGCCACAUUGCUCCGGCAACACUGAGAUCGAGUCUCAGCUCAAGCUUUUGCUGAUUGCCUCCAUGCUGGACAUGCGAACUGAUUACCUGCAGGGACAAAGCGAACAGUGUCUGCGAGAGAUCCUCAGCGGUUUGACCCUGGAAGCCCAGAAGCUGCUUCUCUAUGAGCACAUGAUUGGAUAUUGCUACCGCAUGCUUAAAGACUUUGCAGCCGAUCUCCGGCAGCCACCGGCUGCAGCGACAGGAGGUGCGGCACCCCUAGAUCAAGAUCGGGUCAUGUUUAACGAGUCCAUGCUGUUUGCAGUGCUCAAGACCAUGAUCAAGAUGCUUGAGAAGCCAGUUGCGGUGCAAGCCAUGCGUCAGUUUUUCAAGGAUCAGCAUUCGGGUAGCCUCACCACACUGUUGCUCUCUUUCACCGGCACCAGUCUUCCCGUAAGCUAUGCCCGCAAGAUGCUGCAGUUUGUGGAACGCCUGUUCCAGCAAUCAUUGAAAGCCGACUCCCAGUUUCCGCAUGAGGAUCUGGUCGAGUGCUUCGCAGAGCUGGCCACAGUUGAUGUGGCUCGUUUAAAGCUAUGGCUGGCCCAUAUUAUCUACGGACCGAAUGUGAGCACGGAAGUGAGCACUUCCGAGGCCUUGGACACUACCUGCCGGAUGCUCACCAGCAUCCUGCAGCCAUCGAGCAGCUCCAGCAGCAAUGCCCAAACUCCCACGAACAUGGCCACCGUUUCAGCGAUGCCGAGUAUCUCCGACCAGCUGGAUGCCAUGGACAUUGACUACGACAGUGGAACUGCGGCGGGCGGCGGAGAAAGUGGCACCGCAGCAGGAGGAGCUGCAGCCAAUACCUCGCAGAUUCUGAGCUUGUGGCAAGCGGCACAACCGAAUCCCUCGGAGGAGUCCUCACAAGCCUGCGACCACAGCGAGAGCGAGCGAAAUGGAGCGCUCCUCUUGAGCUUUGUCAAGUCCUUGGUGAAAGAUCAAAGCAAGGCGGCGCAGAUAGCGCCACCAUUGUUCCAGGCCUUGCUGCAACUGGGCCAGACAUUAAUCUCUCCACCCCAAGAUGGCUGCGAUUUUGCGGAUGUUCUCCAGAUAAUGAUCACCCUGGCCGAUGCCAGUCCCGCCCGCGGUCAUGUGGCCCUGUUUAAUACCACACUCCUUUGGCUGGAGCUGGCCAAGCUGCAAUUGCCGGACAAGCAUUUAAAGCACGCGGAGAAUGUAAGCGCCCAGCUGCGCUAUCUUAGCGAACUCCUGCAAAGCAUCGGCUAUCGAGGCAGUCGGCAGCAUGUUCCGCCGUGGGAUGAUGAGCUGCAGACCGAUAUUGAUGAUCUGUACGACGAGCUGGCCGAGGAGGGCGAGCAGGACUCGUUGCUGGACGACUCUGACGAGGACACGCUGAACAACAAGCUGUGCACCUUCUCGCAAACGCAGAAGGAGUUCAUGAACCAGCACUGGUACCACUGCCACACCUGCAACAUGAUCAACACCGUUGGCGUGUGCUCUGUGUGCGCGAGGGUUUGCCAUAAGGGACAUGAUGUGAGCUACGCCAAGUAUGGCAAUUUCUUCUGUGACUGCGGCGCCAAGGAGGAUGGAUCCUGUCAGGCGUUGAGCCGGCGCCUUGGCAGCAGUGAGGUCAGGGACUCAGCCGGAGUGAGUAGCUACCUAUCCUCGCACAUGAGCCUACUGGCCGGCAAGAAGCGGAGCAGCCCACCAGUUAGCCAGCCAGUAGCAGCACGAAAGGAUUCCCUGACCAGCGAACGGAUCGUGGUGCUGAGCAAGCUGUUGGAACCGUACCGUGAGACCCUCCAGCACCAGGAUCAGUGGCUGCUCGUUGUCAGAUGCAUCCUGGAGUACUUUGAUGUCCUGCUGCCGUCGAUAAGGGAAAACUGCACCCUUUACUCCAUUGUGGGGUGCCACAAGAGGGCAACGGCAGCCCUGGAGCGACUCCAUCAGCUUGAGCAGAGCUUCCAGGUUACCGAUCAGCUUAUGUUCGCCACCUUGGGCUCCCAAGAGGGUGCCUUUGAAAACGUGCGGAUGAACUACUCCGGCGACCAGGGUCAGACUAUAAAGCACUUGAUAUCAUCUGGCGUGGUGCGCCGCGUUGCGUUCUGUUGUCUGUCCUCGCCACACGGACGUCGCCAGCAGUUGGCUGUGUCGCAUGAGAAGGGAAAGGUUACCAUCCUGCAGCUCUCGGCGCUUCUCAAGCAGGCAGAUGCCUCCAAGAGGAAGUUGACGCUAACCCAAUUGAGUUCCGCACCCAUUGCCUGCACUGUUCUCUCCCUGGCUGCAAAUCCCUGCAAUGAGGACUGCCUGGCUGUUUGUGGCUUGAAGGAGUGCCACGUGCUCACUUUUUCAAGCAGUGGCAGCACCAACGAACACAUUGUGGUGAGUCCGCAACUGGAGAACGGAAACUACAUCAAGAAGGCGGUGUGGUUGCCCGGCUCACAGACUCUACUGGCCAUUGUCACCUCGGAUUAUGUGAAGAUCUACGAUCUGGCCGUGGAUACUUAUAGUCCGAAGUACUAUUACCUGGUGGCCGUGGGCAAGAUUAGAGAUUGUACGUUUAUGUACCAGGAUGGCAACUACUACAUGCUCAGUUUUGCCAGCAGUGGAUACAUCUAUACCCAGCAGUUGGAUCAACAAAGUCUGGCCAUUCAUGGAGAUUUCUAUGUGACCAACACCCUGGAGCUGAGUCACCAGCAUAUAAAGGAUAUCAGCGGUCAAGUGGGCGGCGGCGGAGUGUCCAUCUAUUAUUCCCACACAUUGCAGCUGCUCUUCUACAGCUACUCCUCCGGAAGGAGCUUCGUUUCGCCGCUCACCAAUGUGAAUAAUGGCGUGAGGGGAAUAUACCACCUGGACACCAAUUCGGCCAGCAAAUCGGCCUCUAAGGGUCCACUCCAGCCUCUGGUCCAGUGGACAGAAGUGACGGGCCAUCCCGGACUGGUGUACGCCAGCAUGCAGACAUCGAACAACCCGAUUAUAUUGAUGAUCACCCCCGAACGGAUUUACCUGCAAGAGAUCAAGGCGCAGUCGGCCAAGUCGCGCAUCAUGGAUGUAGUGGGCAUUCGUCAUGCGGUGGCCGGAGUGGAGAAGACCACGCUGCUGCUGCUCUGCGAGGACGGAAGCUUGAGGAUCUUCUCGGCUCAGCCGGAACACACCAGCUUCUGGCUCUCGCCACAAGUUCAGCCAUUUGGCAAUCAGCUGUACUCGUCCACGCUGAUGGCGAAGGGAGGAGUAUGUGCCACUCCGAAGUCCAAGUCGAGUGCGGCAACUGGAAAGUUGAGCAACAGAAAGGCAAGUCAACAGCAGAAACAACUCACGGCCGGAGGUCUGCCCGUUUUCCCCAUUGACUUCUUCGAGCACUGCAACAUGCUGGCCGAUGUGGAGUUCGGAGGCAACGAUCUCCUCCAGAUCUACAGCAAACAGAAGCUCAAGACGCGCCUCUUCUCCACGGGCAUGUUUGUGGCCAGCACCCGGGCCAAUGGCUUCACCCUGGAGGUGAUAAACAACGAUCCCAAUGUGGUCAUCGUGGGAAUUCGGGUGUUGAUUGGAACCCAGGAUGUUCAGCGUGCUCCGCAGUCGGUGUCCAUCCUGGGACGCACAGUUCCCACGCCGGUGAGGAGGGCCCGCUGGUUCGACAUCCCCCUGACCCGGGACGAGAUUUUCCAGUCGGACAAGCUGUUGAAAGUGGUAUUCGCUAAAUCCCAAGACCCGGAACAUGUGACCCUACUGGACUGCAUCGAGGUCUAUGGCAAGUCCAAGGAGCUGGUGGGCUGGCCCGACGAGAGCGAGGACGUGACUGCACCGGGCACCAGUGUUCCGCCCGUGUCCUCCUCCCAGGCAAGUAGCGCCAACUUUGGAGAGGGUUUCAACUGUAUUACUCAGCUGGAUCGGAUGGUCAAUCACCUUCUGGAAGUAAUGGACUGCGCGCUGCAUUUGCUGGGCUCCGGAGUGCCGGCUAAUAUUCGUCAAAAGGCGGUGAAGACAGCGAGUGCCCUUCUGCUGCUGCCCACCCCCAAUCCUGUCCAGACGCAGGCCCGCUAUGUGCUGGCCACGCUCUACGGCAGCCGGGCAUCGUAUCACAACUAUAAGGAUGGAGUGCUGCUUCAGUUCGUGCAUACAGAACUGCAAGCCCUGCAGCCAAAGCUUGAAAAACUGGAAUCCCUGCAGGAGAUCGAUCCCGAGGCCUUCUACCGUCUUAUUCUGCUGGUUCGUGGAAUAGCCAAUGCGCGUCCACAAUCGCUGGCCAAGAUUUGCGCGGAGAACAACUACGAUAUUGUGCCCACCCUCAUGGGAUUUGUCCUGGAGUUGCACAAGGUCACCCCGGCCCUGGACGAGCCCAUGAACAUUGUGAAGCGAGGCUUGUGCCAGGCAGAGACCAUAGUCCAUUGUCUGGUCGAGAUUAUGUACGGAUUUGCUUUGGCCGAUCCCGGCCAGGUUGGUCGCAUGACCAAGUACUUUAUCGACCUGCUCAAGCAUGACGCCAGUGUGAUCAGCCACAGCGCCAAGGAGGCGCUGAUCCUGUUGCUGAGUCCGCGAUUGAAACGGCGAAAGGUAGCCAUAGUCACACCGCCCGCCUGUUCCACACCAACGCCAUCGACAUCCGCAAUGCAGGCGCUGCAGGCGGUGGCCGCCUCGGCUGCCAGUGACAUCAUCGAGGAGGCAGCUGCCGUGGCCGUGGAUGCCGCAGUCGGAGGUGGUGGACUGCCCGACCCCAAUCCCGAGGCGGAAGCAGGAGUGGUGGGAGUCGGAGGAGUGGGCCAGCAGCAGAUGCUCAACCUGGAGGCCUUCAUGGGCGGCGGUUUCAAUCGCCUGCUCGGCCUGCCCGAGGAUGUCGACGACGAGGCCAUCAUGGACAUUGCCAUCGCCCUCAGCCUCGAACAGCACGGUGGCGAGGCCAACGCCUUGCAGUCUCUUCAGCAAGGAUUGGCCAAUCUGCAGGGCAUCCGGCAAGCUGCAGCCAUGGCAGCGGCGGCGAAUGCUGCGGCCAGUGUCUCUGCCGGUGGAUCCGAUGACGACGAGGCAUCAAAUGUGGCCACCGAUGGGUCCACAUUGCGCACUUCACCUGCAGAACCGGCUGGCAGUGGUGGCUCGGAGAGUGGCGGCAGUGGAGUUGAGAGCAUUGGCGGAACGUCGGCCAGAAGCAGCAACUUUGGCGACCAUGCCAACGCUUCGCCUCCGCGACAGGGCUCCGCCAAGGAUGAUCAGGAGCAACCGGGUCCCAGCGACGUGGUUGGCUCCGCAACUGGAGCUGGCUUGAGUGCCAUGAGCAGCAGUGAGGAUAACGAAAUCAACGAGGACGAUAAGCUCAGCAAGCUACACGACCUAAGGAUUGCUGUGCUGGAGAGCAUUAUCCAACAUCUGGGCACCUUUGAUCUGUGCAAUGGUCUGCAGGCCAUACCGCUCAUCCAGGUGAUACUCAUGCUAACUACCGAUCUUAAUGGCAACAAUGAGCGGGAUCAGCAAGUGCUGCAAGAUCUGCUCACUGCCUUGGUGGACUAUGUGGAAAUUGGCAAGCGAGGAGCGGCCUCAAAAAUGGAGACCAAAUGUCCUGGCAACGAGGUGCGCCUGGCACUGCUCUCCCUUUUCGGUGUGAUGAUGGGCAAGACCAAGUCAAAGCAGACGGGAACCACCUCGCCACCGCAUCAGUUCAAGGACAACAGCUCCUUUGUGGCCAGUACCACGGCCAAUGUGCUCAGCAAGAGUGGAGCGUUCGUUUACGCCCUGGAGGCAUUGAACACGCUUCUGGUGCACUGGAAGAAUGUGCUGGGAGAUCCCUAUGCAGCGGGUGGCGGAGCGGGAGCCUCGCAAUCAGCCCAACCCAGUGGCAGCUCCGGAGUUCAGCUCUUGAAACCCAUUAAACAUGGCCCCAAACCUGACAUAUCCAUACUGAUUCCACACAACUAUCUGAAGAACUACCCGGAUAUCUUCGAGUCAUACGACGGCCUGCUUACGGAAAUUAUUGUGAGAUUGCCCUACCAGAUUCUUCGCUUAAGCAGCGCCCAUCCGGACAACUACGACAGUGGAUUCUGCGAGGCCAUGACCUUUACGCUGUGCGAGUACAUGAUGCUCAACCUGAACACGCUGCUGCGGCGACAGGUGAGGAAGCUACUCAUGUACAUCUGCGGCAGCAAGGAAAAGUUCCGCAUGUACCGCGACGGUCACUCCUUGGAUGCGCACUUCCGGGUGGUCAAAAGAGUGUGCAACAUUGUCAGCAGCAAGACUGGCGCUCCCUACAACGCCAAUCCUCCCCUGCUCACUUACGAUGCACUCGUGGAGCUCACUGAGCACCUGCGCACCUGCCAAGAGAUCAGCCAGAUGCGCACCGGCAACUGGCAAAAGUUCUGCGUCGUCCAUGAAGACGCUCUGGCCAUGCUGAUGGAAAUCGCCUGUUACCAGUUGGAUGACGGCGUGUCCCCCAUUAUCAUCCAAUUGCUGCAGGCUGCCGUUUGCAACUUGCCCGCUGCCAAUGGAUCAAAGCAGGCACAGCCGCUGCCUUCGACCUCGUCUGCAUCUGGGAAACUGCGAACGGAUCGUGAGAAGAGCGAGGACACAGACGCCUACUACUCCAAGUUUGAUCCGACCCAGUGUGGGACAUUUGUGCACCAGAUCUUCAGGUACGCGUGCGACGCCCUGAUCAUCCGCUUUGUGAGGAUCUUCCUGUUGGAGAACAACAUCAGCCAGCUGAGAUGGCAGGCGCACUCCUUCAUGACCGGACUUUUUGAGCACGCCAACGAGCGUCAGCGCGAGAAGCUGCUAAACAUUUUCUGGAACCUGUGGCCACUGGUGCCCACGUACGGCAGGAGGACCGCGCAGUUUGUGGACCUGCUGGGCUACCUCACACUGAGCACCAGGAGCAUCACGGACCGUCUGCCGGAGUUUGUCACCCGCGCCGUGGAUGUUCUCCGGCAGCAGAACGAGCUGCUUUGCAAGCAUCCCAAUGCUCCAAUAUACACCACCCUGGAGUCUAUACUGCAAGUAAAUGGCUACUAUCUGGAAUCGGAGCCGUGCUUGGUGUGCAACAAUCCGGAGGUGCCGAUGGCCAACAUCAAGUUGCCAUCAGUCAAGUCGGACUCUAAGUACACCACAACCACAAUGAUUUACAAACUGGUGCAGUGCCAUACAAUAUCCAAGUUAAUCGUGAGGAUUGCCGACUUAAAGCGAACCAAAAUGGUGCGAACCAUUAAUGUGUAUUACAACAACCGCAGUGUGCAGGCCGUGGUGGAGCUCAAGAAUCGGCCAGCAUUGUGGCACAAGGCUCGUUCCGUAUCCCUGCAAUCCGCACAAACCGAACUGAAGAUCGAUUUUCCCCUGCCAAUCACCGCAUGCAAUUUGAUGAUCGAGUUCGCUGACUUCUUUGAAACAGUGAGCGGAUCCAGUGAGAAUCUGCAGUGCCCCAGAUGCAGUGCAGCAGUGCCGGCAUAUCCGGGAGUCUGCGGAAAUUGCGGCGAGAAUGUGUUCCAAUGCCACAAAUGUCGGGCCAUCAACUACGACGAGAAGGAUCCGUUCCUGUGCCACUCGUGUGGCUUCUGUAAAUACGCCAAGUUCGAUUUCAGCAUGUAUGCCCGCGUUUGCUGUGCCGUCGAUCCCAUCGAAUCAGCCGAGGAUCGGGUGAAGACAGUGUCGCUAAUACACAGCUCUUUGGAGCGAGCUGAUAGAAUCUACCGCCAGUUGCUGACCAACAAACAAAUGCUGGAGCUACUCAUUCAAAAGGUGGCCGAGCACCGGAGCAGCGAUCGCAUGGUGGAGGACAACAUGGCCAGCGUACACAGCACAUCCCAAGUGAACAAGAUCAUUCAGCUGCUGGCCCAGAAAUACUGCGUGGAGUCACGCACCAGUUUCGAGGAGCUCAGCAAGAUUGUCCAGAAGGUCAAGGCAUGUCGCAGCGAACUGGUGGCCUACGAUCGUCAACAGCAGGACCAGCCGCCGGUCAAUCCGGGCUCGACCACCGAGAAUCCCACCACAAAUCGCUGCUACGGCUGCGCCCUGGCCUCCACCGAGCAGUGUCUGACCCUGCUCCGGGCCAUGGCCUACAACUACGAUUGUCGCGUUGGCCUGUACAGUCAGGGACUGGUCAGUGAACUGGCCGAGCACAACCUACGUCGGGGCACUCCCCAGAUCCAGGAGGAGGUGCGCAAUCUCCUGGUUGUGCUGACCAAGGACAACGCCGAGGCAUGCAUGCAUCUGCUGCAGCUGGUGACCAUGCGGGUGAAGAACGCACUGAUGGGAUCGAUUCCUCUCAUCAGUUUGGAAGCAGCUGUGCACCAGGAGAUGACGCUGCUGGAAGUUCUUCUCAGCCAGGAUGAUGUUUGCUGGGAGUACAAGCUGAAGGUCAUCUUUGAGCUGUUCAUCAGCAAUUGCAUGCUGCCUCGUGGUCCGGUGACGUCGGUGCUGCAUCCCUGCCUGCGCAUCAUGCAGAAUCUCAUCUGUCCGGUGCUGCCGAGCAGCAAGCCCAAUCAGAAGGUGGCCACCACGGAUUUGUGCAGCAUGAAGCUGCUCGAGGGAAACACGGUGGACUACAGGGCCUGGCUCAACUCUGAUCGCAAUCACGAGUACGCGGCAUGGAGCAGUCGGAUGCCAACUAAUAGUCAAGCCAAGCAAAAGAAUGCCAAGGAUCAGGCCGUCGCCUCAGCAGCAGCGGGAACAGGCGUAUCGGCUGCAUCUGAAGCGCCGCCAAAGAGCAGAAAAGAGGUGCGAGCUGCCUUCCUGAGCGAAAAGUAUGGGAAACGCUGGCGCGAGCGGGUGCUGGACAAGCAGCGGGUGAUUAAGCCGCUCGUGUUCAAUGCCAAGUGGAUACAGCCGUUGCUGUUCAAUGCGAACUCGCGAUUUGGCCGCCAGCUGGCCUGCUCCUUGCUGAGCAGCUUGAGCAGGACCAACGAGCGCAGGCAGCAGUCUCUGAACAUGCUCACCUCCUUCCUGAAGCAUGUGGGCGAAGCGGGCGAGGCCAGUGCCGAGUAUUUGAUGCUGUACAAGAGCAUGGCCACCGAACAGCCUUGGCUGCAGUAUUUGGUGCUCAAGGGAGUACUUGGCCAAAUCUCUCAGCUACUGGCUAUUGAAAUAAGCAAGGUGCAUCGCAUGGAGGAGCACUCGCUCUCAUCGGACUUGUCCUUGGGUUACGCUCUGCGACAAUAUGUGGAGCUGCUGUGGCUACUCCUCGAGUGUCCGAACAUCCGCAGGACCUACAAGACCCGCAUGCUGGGUCCCGUCCUGGAGAGCUAUCUGGCGCUAAGGAGCCUGGUGGUGCAGCGCACGCGUCUCAUUGACGACGCCCAGGAGAAACUGCUCGAAAUGCUGGAGGACAUGACCAGCGGUACCGAGGAGGAGACACGUGCCUUCAUGGAAAUCCUCAUCGACACCGUAGAGAAGACGCGCAUGAACGACAUCAAAACGCCGGUGUUUAUCUUCGAGCGUCUGUACUCGAUCAUACAUCCUGAGGAGCAUGACGAAAGUGAGUUCUACAUGACGUUGGAGAAGGAUCCCCAGCAGGAGGACUUCCUGCAGGGCCGCAUGUUGGGCAAUCCAUAUCCCUCCAGUGAAAUGGGAUUGGGUCCACUGAUGAGGGAUGUCAAAAAUAAGAUCUGCACGGAUUGCGAACUAAUUGCCCUGCUGGAGGAUGACAACGGCAUGGAACUGCUGGUGAACAACAAGAUCAUUAGUCUGGAUCUGCCCGUAAAGGAUGUGUACAAAAAGGUAUGGCUGGCCGAAGGAGGGGAUCGAGAUGCCAUGAGGAUCGUUUAUCGGAUGCGCGGUCUGCUGGGUGACGCCACCGAGGAGUUCGUCGAGACGCUCAACAAUAAAAGCCAGGAGCAGGUGGACACCGAGCAGCUCUACCGCAUGGCCAAUGUGCUGGCCGAUUGCAACGGACUGCGCGUAAUGCUGGACCGGAUUGGCAGUCUGCAGCGCAUCUCGCGCAACCGAGAACUGAUCCAGGUGCUGCUUAAGUUGUUCCUCAUUUGCGUGAAGGUGCGACGCUGCCAAGAGGUACUCUGCCAGCCCGAAAUUGGAGCCAUCAAUACGUUGCUUAAGGUGCUGCAAAUGUGUCUGCAGUCGGAGAACGAUUCGAUUCAGUCGGCGGUCACCGAGCAGUUGCUGGAGAUCAUGGAGACGAUACUCUCGAAGGCUGCCAGCGAUACGUUGGACUCCUUCCUGCAGUUCUCGCUGACAUUCGGUGGACCGGAGUAUGUGAGCGCCCUAAUAUCCUGCACUGACUGCCCGAACGUCAGGAACAAUCCCUCAGUGCUGCGCCAUCUCAUUCGCGUGCUGGCCGCUUUGGUCUAUGGCAACGAGGUGAAGAUGGCCCUACUCUGCGAGCACUUCAAGGACACUCUGAGCUUUAAACGCUUCGACAACGAGCGCACACCCGAAGAAGAGUUUAAGCUUGAACUCUUCUGCGUGCUGACUAAUCAAAUCGAGCACAACUGCAUUGGCGGCACACUCAAGGACUACAUUGUGAGCCUGGGCAUUGUGGAGCGAUCGCUAGCCUACAUCACCGAGCAUGCGCCCUGCGUCAAACCCACGCUCCUGCGUACCGACUCCGAUGAGCUGAAAGAGUUCAUCUCGCGACCGAGCUUGAAGUACAUACUGCGUUUCCUUACCGGCCUCUCGAAUCAUCAUGAGGCCACCCAGGUGGCCAUCAGCAAGGACAUCAUACCCAUCAUUCAUCGCCUGGAGCAGGUGUCCAGCGAUGAGCACGUGGGCAGUCUAGCCGAGAACCUGCUGGAAGCCCUGUCCACGGAUUCGGCCACAGCAGCGAGGGUGCAACAGGUGCGCGACUUUACCAGGGCCGAGAAGAAGCGACUGGCCAUGGCCACGCGGGAGAAACAGCUGGACGCAUUGGGAAUGCGCACGAACGAGAAGGGCCAGGUGACGGCCAAGGGCUCCAUCCUGCAGAAGAUCGAAAAGCUGCGCGACGAGACCGGGCUGACGUGCUUCAUUUGCCGUGAGGGCUACGCCUGCCAGCCGGACAAGGUGCUGGGCAUUUACACGUUCACCAAGCGCUGCAACGUGGAGGAGUUCGAGCUGAAGUCGAGGAAGACCAUUGGCUACACCACGGUCACCCACUUCAAUGUGGUCCACGUGGACUGUCACACAUCGGCCAUCCGAUUGACGCGAGGCCGGGACGAAUGGGAGCGGGCUAGUCUGCAGAAUGCCAACACCAGGUGCAAUGGCCUGCUGCCUCUUUGGGGACCGGCCGUCGGAGAGGCCGCCUUCUCCGCUUGCAUGACCCGGCACAGCAGCUACAUGCAGGAGAGCACCCAGCGCUGCGACAUCUCCUAUCCAAGCAGCGUGCAUGACUUGAAGCUGCUGCUGGUGCGGUUCGCCUGGGAGCGCAGCUUCCACGACGACGCCGGCGGCGGGGGUCCGCAGUCGAACAUGCACUUUGUACCCUACCUGCUCUUCUACUCCGUCUACCUGCUGCUCUCCUCGCGAUCGGCGGCCAGGGACAGCAAGACCCUGCUCACCUACUUGCAGGCGGCGCCCAACGAGAAGUGGCUGGAGUGCGGCUACGAGGUCGAUGGUCCGCUGUACAUGGCCACCAUCUCGCUCUCGCUGCACAGCCGGGAGCUGUGGAACAAGCACAAGCUGGCGCAUCUGAAGCGGAUGCUGGCGGUGGCCCAGGCCCGCCACAUAUCGCCCUCGGUGCUGUGCAAGGCCCUGUUGGCGCCGGCGGAUCGACAGGCCAAGGAGUACAGUGUAUACAAGCCCUUCCUAAUGAUGUGGGCUUUGGUGGACUUGACCUACAACAGCCUGUUCAAGUCGGUGACCACGCCCAAGGAGGAGGACUGGCCGAUAUCCCUGUUCGACUACCUUCGCAAGAACGACGAGGCUUUGCUGAAGUCCACGGACGGCAUCCUGCAGACCCUGACCGAUGAGUUCCUGCCGUGCACUUCCUUUGGAGAAUUCUGCGAUGUGGCAGGCCUUCUGCAUCUCAUCGAGCAGCCGGACAGCUUUAUCGAAGAAAUCCUCGCAGCCCUGCCUUCAACCACAAGCUCUAGUUAAAAUUCAAUCGUGGUUUAUAACCAACUAAAUCGUAGAAAGCAAUGGCUUGCUUACAUAUAAACUUACAGCAUAAAUAUAUAUUUAUCACAUACAAAUAUUUAACCAAUAAAAUUAUUCGUUUGCACAAUGAAUUUAAAUACUAGAA